AUGGAUGAGACGGUUGGGAUGGAUUCAUUACGGGUAAGUGGUCAGGAAUGUUCAGAUGUAUCGGAAUCAUUGCAGAAGAUAUCAUUUGACAUUUGUCCAUUGGUAUUACAAACUUCAAACUUGGCCCAUCAUCAGUUGACAGUAACGAGUUCCACUACUGAUGCCUUUAUGGAAUCGCCUUCUGGGAGGUAUCGUCACACCAUUAAUGAUAUCGUAGAAUAUUCGUUGAAUAUUAACGGAUGUGAAAAAGAAUCUAACUGUAAUGUAUCAACUGAAGCACAACAACAGAAUGAGUUUGUUAAAUCGAAGUUUGGAGAAAGAUUUGGAAGCAGGAAUGAAUUCGAACAGAAAAGCUUCAUUACCUCACUCUCUGUGUACUUUUGUUGGACUGUUUUGAUGAUUUUCGCAUUCUUUCGAGAAUUGCUUCGAAACCAUGGCAUCGAAAAGAAUUUUGCAGCUGUUGAAAGACCAGAACAGAAAGAUUUUGUGCCACUUUUCUCAGAAUUUGAAGCCAUUUACGAACGAAAUUGCUACAUGCGUGUGCGGGAUGUUUUUGAACGACCAAUCAGCAGUGUUCCUGGAGCAACUGUAAAACUUCUGGAUCGGAGUUCGGAAGAUUACAACUGGACUUAUAAGUACGCAGGAACUGAAACAGAAGUUAUCAAUGUUGGAUCGUAUAACUAUAUGGGAUUUGCUGAAACCGACGGUUUGUGUGGAAAAGAAGUAGCAGCAGUUAUCGAUGAGCAAGGAUUAUCCACAUGUUGCUCCAUUCAACAAUUAGGAUUUUCAAAAGCACAGCAUGACCUGGAAAAGCUGGUAGCAGAAUUUAUAGGUGUUGAUGAUGCUAUAUGUUUCAGUAUGGGUUUUGCUACUAAUUCUCUGAAUACACCAUGUUUAGCUGAUGAAAAUUCAAUCAUAAUUAGUGAUCAGUUCAACCAUGCAUCACUUAUUCUUGGCAGUCGAAUGUCUGGAGCAACAAUCCGUAUCUUCAAACACGACGAUAUGGUAGAUUUGGAGAAAAUUAUUUGCAAUGCAAUUGUUUAUGGUAAUCCGAAGACGAAGAAACCAUUCACAAAGAUUUUAAUCAUUGUGGAAGGAAUAUAUUCCAUGGAGGGUUCAAUAUGUAAUUUGCCAGCCAUUAUUGCGUUAAAGAAGAAAUACGGUGCUUAUAUAUAUCUUGACGAAGCGCAUUCUAUUGGAGCAAUGGGCCCACAUGGACGUGGGAUUGUCGAUUAUUGGGGCUGUGAUCCACACGAUGUUGAUGUCCUUAUGGGAACAUUCACUAAAAGUUUUAGUGCAGCUGGCGGUUACAUUGCAGGCAACAAACGACUUAUAAAUUAUAUAAGAGCAAAUUCGGCCGCAACUAUCUAUGCACUUGCAAUGUCACCUCCUAUUGCGCAGCAAAUCAUAUCAUCAAUGAAAAUUAUGAUGGGUCUUGAUGGUUCUAAUGAUGGUGAAAUGCGCAGGCAGAAUUUGCGGCGUAACACGCAUUAUUUUCGAAAACGUCUGAAACGUAUGGGUUGCAUUGUAUGUGGAUCUGAUGAUAGUCCCGUUGUUCCAAUUAUGCUUUAUUAUCCUACGAAAUGCGGGUUUUGGGGUCGCGAAAUGUUAAAUCGGCGUGUGGGAGUUGUAGUUGUUUCGUUCCCAGCGACACAUAUGACUGAGAGUCGAGUAAGAAUUUGCCUUAGUGCUGCUCAUUCCAAGGAAAUGCUCAAUUAUGUGCUGGAUGCAAUCAAGGAAAUUGCCGAAGCGAGCAAUACCUUAUCAUUCCGGAUUAAACAGAAAUAUGCAAACCUGGCAAUCGAUUGGUAG